ACGGCGGGAAAGCAGCCCUGCUGAUGCCAGGGGUGCUGGCUGGAAGCCGCUGAAGGGAGGGGAAAGGGGAGGCCGGGACGGCGAGGCCUCGGCCCUGAGGGACCGCCCGCCAUGUUCGCCGUCUCCAUAGCAACCGCCGCGCCGGCGCCGCCAUCUUGUUUACCGUCACCACGGCAACGCCCGCCAUCUUGUUCGGCGUCCCCACAGCAGCGCUCCCGGCCGAGCCGAGCCGUGCCGGGGCCAUGGCGAGUGCGGGGCGGCUGCACGACCUGGACCUCAGCGCCGAGGAGGCGGAGCGGCUCCGCCGCGCCUUCCGCGACGAGCAGUUCCGCGCCCUGUUCGCGGAGUUCGCGGCCGAGCUCACCGACCCCGAGCAGCGGCGGCUGUACGAGGAGGAGGUGGCGGCGCUGGAGCGGGAGCGCGGCGUGGAGGUGCGCUUCGUGCACCCGACGCCGGGCUUCGUGCUGCGGACAAGCCAAGAGGGCUCCCGCCGCUGCUACAUCAAUGUCUGCAGCAACCCUCUGAUGGGGGAGCCGCGGGCCCGCGCCGAGCGCGGCGGGCAGCGCUGGGAGCUGCCCUACAGCCUGGCCCCGGGCCGCGAGGAGCUGCGCCCCGCCGGCCGCCGCCGCCUCGUGUACGACGUGGUGUUCCACCCCGCGGCGCUGCGCCUGGCCGCCCGCAGCGCCCGCUUCCGCCGCCUGCUCCGCGACACGGCGCUGGAGGCCGUGGAGAGCCAGUGCGGAGUGCGGCUGGACCGCAACAACGCCGCCGUCCUGCGAGGAGUCUCCUACAAGGGCAUCCCGCAGGCGCCCGUCAUCCGCUCCCCGCUGCCCGGCGGCGCCCCGAAGCCGCCCGAUGACGGCGAGUCCCCGCUGCCGCCCUUCCCCUUCCCGCCCGAGGCUCCGCGCCCGCCCGCCGCCGCCGCCGGAGCCUCCUCGCCCGCCGCGCCCCCGCCGCCCUCCGGCCCCACCACGCCGCGCUGGAGCAUCCGCCACCGCUCCUACGUGGACCUGCAGGACUACCGGCACUGCCGCGACUCAGCGCCCAGCCCGGUGCCGCGGGAGCUGGUGGUGACGGUGGAGCUGCCGCUGCUGCGCUCCGCCGAGCAGGCGGAGCUGGAGAUCCGCGGGCGGGAGCUGCGGCUGGACUCGCGGUGUCCCGCCUACCGCCUGCGCCUCCGCCUCCCCUACGACGUGGAUGAGAGCGGCGGCCGGGCCGCCUUCAACCGGGCCCAGCGGCAGCUGCAGGUCACGCUGCCCGUGGUGCUGCCGCCCGGCCCGGCCGGGGAGCGGCUGGAGGGGGCCGAGGGGCCGGCGGAGGCAGGGCCGGCAGAGGCAGGGCCGGCAGAGGCGGGCGGCGGAGCGGCUCCUCCCCCGGAACUCGGGCCUGGCGGCGCGGCCCCGGGCACGUGUGGCGGCGGGGAGCCCGGUGAUCCGCUCAGCAAACCCCCGGGUGACCCUGACCCACUUUGUGAUCCUGCCGCCGGUCCGUCUGCCGAGCCCCUCGCUGAACCGCCCCUAGAACCACUCUGUGAUUCCCUCAUUGAACCCUCGGGUGAACCUCCCGUUGAUCCAACCUCUGAACCCUUUGCUGAUUCCCCUGCUGAACCCCCCGCUGAACCUGCCCCUGAUCCAACCUCUGAACCUGCCCCUGAUCCAACCUCUGAAACCUCUGCUGAACCUGCUACUGAUCCAACCUCUGAAACCUCUGCUGAACCUGCUACUGAUCCAACCUCUGAACCUGCUACUGAUCCAACCUCUGAACCCGCUGCUGAAGCUCCCACUGACCUAACCCCUGAACCUUCCACUGAACCUACCGCUGAUCCAACUCCUGAACCUGCCACUGAUCCAACCUCUGAACCCCCCGCUGGUCCAAGCACUGACCCCCUCUCUGAUCCCCCCGCCGAACCCCUCACCGAGCCCCAGGCCCUGCCCUGUGCCGGCGCCGCUUCCCCCAUCGCCAUCCCCGCUCCAGCCAUGCCCACCGGGGACACCCCCCCGCCGGCCCCCGAGGGCCCCCCCGGUGAGACGGCCACAUGCCCUCCGUUCCGUGCCCGGCAGGACGAGGUGUCCCUCACGCUGCUGCUGCCGGUGCCCGGCAUUCAGCGCCAGAGCCUGCGCGGGGAUGUGGGCACGCAGCACUACAGCCUCCGCUUCCGCACCGCCGGCGCUGCCUUCGCCCUGUUCCUGCGCUUCCCUCCCUCCGCAGCGCUGCUGAGCCCCGAGAGCAGCGUCAGCGUCUCUGCCCACAACGCCGUGGUGGGGCUGGCCAAGGCCCCCGGCAGCACCGGGCUCUGGGACAGCUUCAGCUUCGGCCCCGAGCCCUCCGCUCUGCAGGAGAGAUUGUUUGUCAGCGAGGAGAACGUUGAUGGAUUUCUAGGCGCUGCUUUGUGCCCUUCCCCUUGCUCCCAAUCAGCACUGGAAAGGCAGCCAUUAAUUGAAGUGCUGGAUGUUACUGAGGACAGAAUUCAAAUCAGGGUGCAGCCACAGGAACGUGAUGGACAAGGAACACUUGGCAGCUCGGGGGGAGCCCUGGCUGGACAGACCGACAGCAACUCCCCCGAAACAAAGGCAGAAACAAAGUGUCCUGCAGCCGAGGGAGGUGCUGCGGGACCCAGCCCGGCUCCCGGAGCGGGAACAAUGGGAACAGCAGCCGGCUGUGCUUCACCCCAUUGUUUGCAGCCUGAACCUCCUGCCUCCAGCUCAGCCAUUCCCGGCGGAUCUGCGAGAACCGAGCCCGAUUUAGAAAGUGCUGCUGCAGCAGGAGGAGACACAGCCCCAGGAAAAACAGCAGAGCUGCAGGGGGAUGGGGAUGGGGCAGGGUCCCCCAUCCUGCGGGAGGUGAACCCCCAGGACGGCAGCGAGCGCAUCCUGCGCGAUCACCGCACGCGCUGCCCCCUGCACUUCCACAGCUCCCUGCUCUAUCAGCUGGAUUAAUUUCAUUGUUUUAGCAUUUCCUUCCUCGUUUGAUGCUUGUUCUGACUUCCACGUGUUCGGGGCGACAUGGAGGCCGUGGGUUCCCACUGAAACUGGUGCUACACCAAAACUUUCCUUGUUAACAAUUUAUCAAUUCCCCAAUCUGUUGCAAUAAUUUUGCUUGUAAGAAAAGUUGCAGUUGGAGGUGACUCCCAGCUCCUGGAAAAAAAAAGUAUCUUUAUUGUUUACAUAAAUUUUUUAUUGUCUUCCCACGUUUCAGGGAUUAUUUGUAUAUAUCCUCAGUCUAAUGGCUCCCUGGGGAAUUGAGCAGUAGUCAUCAUUUUCCAAACCUUUCAUUUUGUGAUAACUGCAGCAUUAGACUCGCAGUGAUUCUUAGCAAUCAAAUGAAAUUUCUAAUUACCCGGAGAAGUUCUAAUUAGUCUCCUAGAAAUAAUCAGCAUUUAUUCCCUGUAUUCCAUCCCAGUGCUGUGCUUCAGAUCUGCAGCACCCAGAUAUCCCCCAGCUGAACAAAUUCCAUUGCACAAGAGCAUCCUCUGGGUGCACGUCUGCUCUGAAGUAUUUACAACUGGUGAAAUGGAUUCUCUUUAGCCAGAUUAGAUUUAUUUUUCUGUUUCCCUCGAGUGUCAGCGUUUCUCACCUCCCUAAAGCAGAAUAACCAGGAGAACACAUCUAAUAAUAAACUUCCUGUUCCCCUUUCUCGCUGCUG